AUGCAAGACUACUUCUACGAGAAUCCGACGUACGGACCAAUAUUUUUACGACGUCGUUUGCGGAUGCAGAAGGAGCUAUUCUUGUGCAUCGUCGAUGCUGUGCAAGGUGAAGAUGGUUACUUCCGGAUGAGCCAUGAUGCUGCGGAUCGGAACUCUCUCACGCCUUUGCAGAAAUGCACGCUGGCUAUCCGCCAAUUAGUCACCGGCGUUAGUGCGGAUACUUUCGACGAGUAUCUCAAGGUCGUUGACACGACGAGGCAUAUAUGCCUAAAGAAAUUAUGCAGAGCUGUCAUCCGGGCAUACGAUGCCGAGUAUCUUUGA